AUGUUCGCUACUCGCGCUGCCUCCGCUCUCGCCAAGCGCGCCCCUGUCAGGGCUUUCACCAAAGCUCGUCCUUUCACCUCAUCCGUGUCUCGCUUCGAUAACAAGCUCAAUGUCCCGGGAAAGAUCAUCCCAUACGAAGAGGUGAAGACCGAAGAUGACCUCCUUCCCCUCGGUGGCAAGCCUGGUCAGGUCCCCACCGAUCUCGAGCAGGCUACCGGUCUUGAGCGUUUGGAAUUGCUUGGAAAGAUGCGGGGUAUUGACGUGUUCGACAUGCGCCCUCUUGAUGCUUCCCGCAAGGGAACGUUGGAGGACCCCAUCAUCGUCAACGGAGCUGGUGACGAGCAAUAUGCCGGUUGCACUGGCUACCCUGUCGACUCCCACAUCGUCAACUGGUUGACCGUCUCCCGUGAGCGCCCUAUUGAGCGUUGCCUCGAGUGCGGCAACGUUGUCAAGCUCAACUACGUUGGUCCCGAUACUGAUGCCCAUGCUCACGACGACCACGGCCACGGCCACCACGCCCCUUACGAGGAGCCCAAGACUUUCGCAGACUACGUCAAGCCCGAAUACUGGUACCGAUAG